AUGGAGGAUCUGCUUGUCAGCACUCGCAAAGUUGGCCAAACUGGUAUGGGAGCGAUUGUCGCGACGGCACAGUCCCAGGCGCUUGAUCUUGCGCGGGAGCCAGACCUGACCCGGAACCCACGCGGCGAGUACAGCACAGUAGCACGGGAACCAGGGGGGCAGGGGGCCAGGGGAUCAAGGGGAUUCAAGGGGACAAAAGGGAAUAAUAUUGGAAUCCAAGGGGAUCAAGGGCAUCAAGGGGACAAAAGAAAACAAUGGAAUCCAAGGGGACCAAAGGGAUCAAGGGGCUCAAGGGGAUCAAGGGGACCAAGGGGACCAAAGGGAAUAAUGGAAAUCCAGAUUCCAAAGGGACCAAAGGGAACCAAGGGAAAACCCGAGGGAAACCCCAAGGACGUGCGGCCCAACGCUCCAACCAGACUACAGACUCGCCAAUCUCACAACGGCCGCAAGGGUUGGCUCCACGGAAAGGAAAAGCUCGCAGAUCUUCCCGCCGGCCGCACUUUGAAAGCGGAACCUGUCAUCCCAUGGGCCUCGUCCAGACAGUCCUCCCUAAAGGAUCCAUUAUUAUCCAUAUGUCGUGGACUCGUGGACUCGUGGUGGAGCGCAAGCAAUCGGCGUGCACAUCGAUUCGUUGCAGGUUGCAGCAAGUUGCAGGUCGUUAAAAAGUGCCCGAUGAGGACAUGGCCGGCAUGCGGUGUUCUCCUCUGCCGCGAACGCAUAACACAGUACCGGAGGGCGAGCACGGGGGGCUGGCUCUGGUCUACAGACUACGAUCUACCGGAUGCAUUUUCUGCUCUCCUCUCCUUCCUUCUAUUACCCAUCUUCCCUGCUCUUCUUCGGGAUGUGAGGAAUGUGACGACGCGCGAGCCUCAUCGCAAGGAGGGAGGAGGGCGCUGUCAUCUGAGGAUCGUAAUCAUCAAAAUCAAACACACCCCGCUCGUCUGGCACAUGGGUACUUGACCCUGCUGGGUACAAUUACAGGAGUUUACUACCAUGGAGCCUGAGGAUUCUCGACAAGCUCCCGCAACCUCCAGGGCCGGCUCCAG